UAAUUAUUAUUAAUAUUAUUUACGUACGUCGCACUUGGUAUUAUUUUAUUAUAUAUGUUGUAUAAUACAAUAUUACAUUACGCUUCGUGAAUCUUGUAUCCGGACCUGUCCCUCAAUAAAUAAGAAUUUUAUACAUCUAUACUUAUUAUAUAUAAUCUCCGCAAUAUAUAAAUCUACAUCAGUUAGACAAAAAAUACGAUUUACAUGUAGAUAAAACAGAAAUUUUAUAAUAAAAAAUUGUUGUUUGACUCGCCUGACUGCAAAAUAUGAUAAUUAUAAGCAAUCGAGGGCUCAGAAAAAAUUUAUUAAACGAUUUUAGUCGUUAUUUUUAUAAUUAUAGCUUUUAUAGUUCUGCUGUCGCUUCAAAUAUCUGCGUCAAGUGAUCGAGUGACAGACGCAGUGUUGACAAUUCGCAGUCAUCGUCAACAAAUGCGAUAUCGUUAUCGUUACGCAGUGUAUCACGAAAGUAUAAUAUAGAUGGCGAGACUCGCGCGUAAAGUUUCGUUUCACAGAGGCAUCAUUGCCGGUAGUCAUAUUAAGUAGUGCAGCAACCAUUCGCUUGCAAUCCGCUGAUGUAGCUCUUUUAUGCGAGAUAUGUAUGUUUGGAAUGUCUUCUCGUAGCGUAUUUUUAGUGCAGCAAGUAUACACAUAUAUGUAUAAUUUUGACAUAAAUUUAUUAAUUAAAAAUAACAAGUGUCGAAUAAAAAUUAUAUCACAUUCGGAAUAUACAGCUGUGAAAUGGAAUAAUCGAAGCUAUUAGAAGCUAUAACAUUAUCAACUAGUAAAUCUAUAGGAGCAAUUAAUCAAUUAACAGAUGGAGAUCUGCAUCGAUUCUUUAGAGUCCGCUAGAAACGCGGUAGAAGGCGGUGCCAGCCGGUUGGAGGUUUGCUCGGCUCUCUCGGAGGGUGGUUUAACACCUAGUCCAGGUUUAAUUCAACAAAUAAGAAACUUCACGACGAUUCCGCUUUACGCCAUGAUCCGCAUUCGCUGCGGUGAUUUCGUCUACAGUCCCGAGGAGAUCGACGCCAUGCUGCACGAUUUGAAAAUUCUUAAGGAUCAUCGCGUGAACGGGUUUGUCUUUGGCGCAUUGACCCCCGAUUGCGAGAUCGAUACUGUCUCGUGUGAGAAGAUUGUCUCCGUCGCUUGUCCCUUGCCGGUGACAUUUAGUCGCGCCUUUGACCUGACGACUGAUCCCGUCAAAUCAAUGGAACUUCUUUCCGAUCUUGGUUUCGAGAGAAUUCUGACCUCGGGACAAAGGAAUACUGCUCUGGAAGGGUUAGAGCUGAUAAAAACAUUAGUGCAAAAGGCCCAAAAAAUAGUGAUCAUGCCCGGAGCUGGUAUCACAAAGGAUAACCUUCGUAAAAUUAUGGUGUCCGGUGCCAAAGAAUUCCACGCGUCAGCGAAAAAAAAGAAAAUGGUAGUCUAUGGCGCGAACAGAGUCAGGAUGGGUAUCAAUGAGGAUGAUUUUAUUAACGUGACUGAUAAGGAGCUGGUGAAAGAAUUAGUCGAGAUUAUCAAGACUGCAGAAUGUACCACUUUGUGAAAAAUAAUUCUAUAUCCGAAGUUAUAUUCCGAAGAUAUCUUAUUACUUGUAUAUUGAAUUACAUAUUUCUUGAUACACAAUUAAUGGAUAGAUAGAUAUAUGUAUAAGUUAAAAGUAUCUAUUUUUGUUUAAUGUGUUUGUGACGAUUGUCCUUUAACAAUUUACGUUAUAAAAUGAGUUUAAUAUAAAUAUUAAGAGAAAACCAGUCGCUGUAGUUUAGUCAUUACACUUGCUUUCGCGACCAUUUUUUGCCGCGCGGAGAUUUCGAUGAUGGGUAAGAAGAAAGCUUUGAUGCCCACCACUAUCGUGGAUGUGAAGCGUGACAAUCGUUUCCCAAUCAUGCGAAACGCCGUAAGGCUCUUUUACACUUUGUACGUAAUGCAAUCGCACCACGAAUAUCGUGUGAAUAUUAAUGUAAAGAAUUAUAUAAGUAAACAAUAUCAAUUGCGUAACGUCAUAGCGGAUGAAAAAAGUCUCACAAUUAAUUUUGCGAUCCUUAUAUUCUCUCAUAAAACAUUGAAUUUUUUUAAUAACUUGAAAUGAAAAUGUUUGCUUUGUAUAAUAUAUAUGUUUAUUUUAUUUUGUCAAUUAUGUAGGAAGUCUUGUAAGCUAAACAGAACAUAUCAGGCAACGUAGAAUUCUACAAGCGUUAGAAUCGAGACUCUCAUAAUGAUGUACUUACGAUAAUCGCUAUAAUUAUAUUUUAUAUCCCGCAACAGAAUUACUUUACAUACUAAGAUUUGAAUUAUGUUUACGUAAUUUCUACCUCGUCGAAAUUACGGACACUUAUAACUCUUACAAGUGUGUUCGCGCUACGUGAACCAAAUCGACAAACAAGAUCGCGCGACUCGUCUAGAAGUAAAUGUGGAAUAAUAAGUUGCCGAGAGAAAAAGAGAGAGAGAGAGAGAGAGAGAGAGAGAGAGAGAGAGAGAGAGAGAGAGAGACACGGAGAUUUAUUUAAAGCGUAAAACUGACGUUCUGGCGAACAUUCUAACGUUCGUGAUUCCGGUUUCGUUUUUCUCCGAAUAAUUUUAACGAUAAAAAUUAACUUGUAAUUAUGCUUAAUAAGCGUCACCGCGAUUAAUUAAGCACUGAUACUUAAACAGACGCGAGCAUUCAUAUUUUAUAUAUUUAGUGGGCUGUCACGAGCGAGAAGUGUGUCAAGUUUAACGGCACUUGGUCUGGAACGACUGUCGCGAAGGGAGAAACGACGUCGUUCUAAAAGACAUCGUUUCUGUGGAUUUUUCAAAUGUAUACGUAUCUUCUUUGUUCGUUUGGAAGGUCCACGGAUUGUAACUGUUAAGUGUAAAACGGCCGCGCACGCGGAAGAUCAUGGGGCGCAGGUCUAUAGGCUGUCUCGUGUAUAUACUUUCGUUUGUGGCGUACACAGCUCUGCGAUUUUAAAUGUACGUGUGUAUACGUACAAUAUAUGUGUGUACGAGUAUCAUUGACUUAAACGAAAGCGGUAACGCAAACAGUGCGCACACAUGCAUACGAUCGAGAAGCAGGUUUUCACGUACACUCGCAAACGGGAUUCCAGCUGGUGUAUACGAAUAAGAACUGGUUUUACUCUCGCGUGUGUGUAUUCGUGUCAUCAUGGGCGACGAGUUUUUCCACCAGAUUACUUGCAUUUUACGUACGGCGCACACAUAUAUUAUUUUAUUUUUCGAUUCUCCCGAAUGUUUGUCCUACUGAGCAAUUUUUUUAGCUAUAUAGCUUGCGCUGUAACGAAUUUGUAUCGCUUGUACUUAAAAAAUAUAUAAUAAUUUUAAUAAUUAAAAAA